AUGGGUAAAUCCCAAUUUCAGAACAAGGAAGCCAAGUCUAGAAUGAAAGAACCUUCUUCAUCCUUGGACAGCUCACCACCUCUAGACCUGAAAAUGGAAGAAAGGAACACUAGUGGAGUGUUUCUAAGCAAGGAUUCCAACAUCUCAACCUGGGAGUCUCCCAUCACAGCACCAAAUGAAAGCAUCUAUAAGGUUUCUUCAUAUUGUGACAUCAGGUUCCAAGCCAUGAUUUCUCUUUACCUCAUCUUUGCCCUGUUUGGGAUGGCAGGAAAUGCCAUGGUACUGUGGUUGCAGGGCUUCCACUUGCACAGAAACGCCUUCUCUGUCUACAUCCUCAACCUGGCUAGGGCCGACUUCCUCUUCCUUUUCUUUCAGUUUGUAUUUUGCCUUCUUUUUAUCAUUCACUUCUUUUUCUCCACUCCCAUCCACAGUCCUUUGUUUUUUAUUGUUCUGGCAGCAUUUCCUUAUUUUUGUGGGCUGAGCAUUCUCAGUGCCAUUAGCAUUGAACGCUGCCUGUCUGUCAUGUGGUCCAUCUGGUAUCACUGCCAACGCCCAAGGCACACAUCUUCUUCUUCUGUCAUAUGUGCCUUUCUUUGGGCUCUAUCUCUGCUGUUGUGUUUCCUGCAUGGAGAUGUAUGUGGUGUGCUGUUUAAUAGUUAUGACUUUUUUUGGUGUCAGACAUUUCAUUUCAUCAUGGCUUCAUGGUCAAUUGCUUUAUUUGUGGUUCUAUGUGGGUCCAGCCUCACCCUGCUGCUCAGGGUCUUUUGUGGCUCACAUCGGAUUCCUGUGACCAGGCUGUAUGUGAUCCUUGUACUCAUUCUGUUGUUCUUCCUGAUCUUUGUUCUUCCCUUGAGGAUUUACUGCCUCCUCUACAAAUGGAUUGGGACUUUGUAUCAUGUUAAAUCUUGUGAUAUUUCUGUGACACUAUUCCUACCCUGCAUUAACAGCAGUGCCAACCCCAUCAUUUACUUCUUUGAUGGCUCCAUCAGGCACUGCAUAUUCCAGCGGAAGACUCUGAAGCUGUUUCUGCGGAGAGCCCUGCAGGACACUGCUGAGGAGGAGGAAGGUGGGGAGAGGGGUUCUUCAGGAGAGCAGCAAGAACUUGAAACUGUCUAG